AUGUGUGUGUUGAGUUCAUUCCAAAUUCUGUUAAGUUUAGUUAUUGUUUCUCUUUUUGUGGUAUAUUCAAUACGAAAGAAGUGGAGAAACGGAAGGAAACAACAAAAGAAUUAUUCGAAUUCGAACAAAUAUAGAGAAGAUUCGUCUGUAUCUGGAGGUUUUAAACUCUCAGCAAGAAACAGAGAGAAACAGGAAAUAAAAAGCAAAUGUGUGUCUGUGUCAUUUUUACCAUUUAUCUGGAACUUUGUGUUUUCUCAAAAGAACAGAAUUCAAAGACAACAAUUUCGAAACAAAGCUGUAGUAAGUACAAUACUUGGAAUCACUACGCUAUUUCCUAAAGAAAAAAUCGUUCGCAUUAAUAUUUUUGGAUUCAAAGUAUUUAUUCUCACACAUCCGGAAUCUGCUCAAGAAGUGUUAAAAAGCAACUCUCUAAUCCAGAAAGAUUUUUCUUACGACUUCUUAAAACCAUUUCUGGGAGAGAAUAGUCUUCUGUACAGAAGAAGAAGAAAAUAUUUAGCUCCACAUUUUCAUCUUUGGAAUCUGAAAAAUCAUCAAGACGUGUUUAUGAAACAUUCAAACAUGUUAAUCAUGAAAUUAAAAAAAUUGCAGAAUAAUGAAGUAUUCAAUGCCUUGAAAUUGAUGAAAUUUUGCGCUUUAGAUAUAAUUACAGAAGUUACAUGUGGAGUCUCUGUGAAUUCUCAGACCGAGGGUAAUCAAGAGUAUCUCUCUGCAUUAGAUAGGUAUGGAAAAUUUACUUCUGUAUAUAAUGUAUUCGUUUUGAAAAUAUUUACAAAAUUCAAGUUUAAAAUGCAUGUAAGAUAAUUAGUAUAAGAGGGUGGACCCAAAAAACCGGAUUUUUUGUAUAAAAACUUUAUUUAUUCAACUUUUUUACAAAAUGUAUUCUGUCACCUUCAAAGUACUCUUAGAUGCGAUGCACUUGUGAAGUCUUUUUCCCCACUGUUUGAACACCUCUGGAACUCUUCAACCUUGAUGUCGUCCAGUGCCCUUAAGCGAAGCUGUUUUUACUGCCUUCACGUGAUCAAAACGCUCCCCUUUUAGAUCUUUCUUCAUUUUCGGAAACAGAAAAAAGUCGCACGGGGCUAGGUCUGGUGAAUACGGAGGGUGGGGAACGACAGGCCAUCCCCGAGAGGCCAAAUAGUAGGUCACUCGUAAAGCCGUGUGUGCGGGGGCGUUGUUGUUAUGAAGGAACAGUCACCUGAUCGCCAAAGUUCCGGGCGUUUCCUUCACACAUCCUCUCGCAGAUGUCUUCUCAAUUUUUGGCGGAAUUUUUAAACGUUUUCGUCGUUUCGAGAUUUUGAAGGACGCUCAGAACUUCGCAGGCAGAACGAAACAACAGUAAGAGAAACAGAACACUACGCUUAAACAUAAACCUACAAACUGACGCCGUUUGCGCAGCUGUUUCGUGAAGGUCUCUACUAACCCCAUGUAACAAGAGAACUCUCUACUACGUCUACGAAUGGCAGCGCGCUCUCAGUUCGGUUAUUUUUUUGGGUCCCCCUCGUAUAAUGAAAUUUUCAAAUUUUUCAAAAAACGUGAAUAUUUGGUUCAAGUUUAGUAAAUCAAAUGCCCAUUCAAUUGAUGUACACUCACUCAGCAUUAGUAUAUAAAUAAAAAACACUACACCUUAAUUUGCUGAGAAAAAAUUUAAUCUAACGCAAACGUUUUCAGCCAAAUCAGUUGGCCAUCGUCAGGCUAAGAACAUUCGAAUAUAAAUAAAAUGGAACAAAAAUUUAAAUACAAAUAAAAUAAAAUAAC